CCUGCUAAGAAACCUGUGGGAAGGUACGAACCUCUGCCAAACAUCGCCGUCAGAAAGUACGCUAUGCAUACGAUUUGCCGCCGAACCCUGUGAGAGACUCACAGGACCAAACUCUUUUGGUACCUUGCAAAUACCCACAACAAAAUCGAAUGAGGCGAUAUUGAAGUUAUCAAACCAUGGAGAGCAAAAGCGCUAUUGCAAUCCAAAAUGCCCAUAAACAUUAUGGGCGGGGGGACAAGAAACUACUCGUGCUUAAGGAUCUGUGCAUGAAAGUGCCCAAAGGAGCCAUUUAUGGGCUCCUCGGCCCCAGUGGGUGCGGCAAGACGACUCUCUUAUCGUGUGUGAUAGGUCAGAGCAAAUUAUCACAUGGCACCGUACAAAUCCUUGAUUCCCAACCUGACAGCUCGAUUGCCCGGAUUCCUGGACCUAGAGUGGGCUAUAUGCCACAAGAGACAGCUCUCUGUCAAGAGCUUAGUAUCAUGGAAACUUUGCAAUAUUUCGGCAGACUCAAUCUCAUGAAUGAAGCAAGUAUUCGGAUUCGUUGUCUUUUUCUGAUCAGCUUAUUGGACCUGCCCAACCCGAAGAAAGUCGUGGCCAAUCUAUCCGGUGGUCAGAAACGCCGGGUCUCUUUGGCAGCUGCUCUUAUUCAUGAACCUGAGCUCCUCAUACUGGAUGAGCCCACGGUGGGAGUGGAUCCACUACUGAGGGAGUGCAUCUGGAAACAUCUUUUGGAGUUGUCCAACGAAUGUCAAACCACCAUUGUCAUCACCACUCACUUCAUAGAAGAGACCCGCCAGGCCCACAUCGUGGGGAUGAUGAGAUUGGGAAAGAUUUUAGUGGAAGGCAAGCCUAACGAAAUUUUGGAACAAUACUCCAAGGCCUCCCUAGACGAAGUAUUCCUUCAAGUUUGUAUGGGUCAAGAUGAUCUUGACUCCACUGAACGAUCCAAUCGCUCAAGAGCAACUAUUGAAAAUGGUUUAAAUCGCCAAGAGCAAGUUUAUCUCAAAGAGAAUGGUCAAGGUCCAAAUGGUCAAUCAACAGCUUUUCAAUCAAAACGCCCACGUAAAACAAGAGAUUGUCAAUCAGGCAUGAAAUUCAAGAGGGUCAAAGCCUUAACAAUCAAGAACUUCAUCAAAAUGUGGAGAAACAUUGGGUCGGUUAUCUUUCAGUUGCUCAUUCCAGCAUUCCAAGUGGCUCUAUUUUGUGUGGCAAUUGGCAACACCCCGAGAAACCUGGAUUUUGCCAUAGUGAAUCAAGAAAUGCCCGACUCCACUUGUGAUUUCUACUCUACUGCUUGUGUCUUGGGCGAACGAGCCGAAUUCAUCGGGGGAUACAAUUUUCAAGCUCAAAACCGGGCAAAUCUCAGUUGUAGAUUUCUGUCCCACAUUGAUCAAAGUGUGAUUCGAUUCAAGACUUUUGAGUCGCUUGACGCUGGGGUAGAAUCCACACAGACCGGCGGGACUUGGGGUUUGAUUCAUUUCAAGGAGCAUUUUUCCGAGCGAUUUUUUGACAGAUUCCUGGCUUUGAUUGAAUCGCAGGAUUUGAAUGCUAGUCAAGUGGCUGAAAGUGAUAUCCACAUUAAGCUUGACAUGACCAACCAACAAGUCGGAAUCACGCUUCAGAUGGAACUUGUGGAAGCUUUCAAACGAUUCUCCGAGGACGUGGUCGCGUCAUGCAACAUCUCCACCAGAUUGGCUUCCAUUCCACUCAGCUUUAGCGAUCCCAUUUAUGGAGAAUACAAACAAACCUUGACUGACUUUGCGGUGCCGGGGAUCAUCCUCUUGGUCACUUACUUCAUGGCCUUGGGACUGACCACACUGGCCUUCAUAGUGGAACGAAACGAGGGGUUGCUCCAUCGUAACAUGGUGGCAGGGGUCACGCCAACCGAGCUCAUGCUGGCCCACGUCCUGGCUCAGAUCUCCGUGAUGACCGUGCAAAUUACUCUUAUGUUAGUUUACGUCAUCUUUGUUUAUCAACUCCCGACCGCAGGUUCACUGGCCUGCAUUGCCGGGCUCACCUUGCUCCAAGGACUUUGUGGAAUGGCCAACGGGCUUAUGGUCAGUGCUAUUAGUAACACCGAAGAGAUGGGGAUAUAUCUCUGUUUGGGCACAUUCUUUCCCAACAUGACCUUGAGCGGAAUAUUUUGGCCUUUGGAAGGCAUGCCCACAUGGCUCCAUCAAAUUGCAAUUACACUGCCGCAAACUUACGCUUGCGAGGCACUCCGUCACGUCUUCUUUAAAGGUUGGGGCAUGGAGUGGGUUCAAGUGUACCGUGCCUUUGCCUUGUCUAUUGCUUGGACCUUGGCUUUUCUUAUCUUAACAGUAUUCAUCUUCAAAGUGCGUCGAUAA